UUUUGCUGGAGCAGAUAUUGCUAAUGUUUGCAAUGAAGCUGCCCUGAUUGCUGCAAGAACCGAUGAAGCACAAGUCACAAUGGAUCAUUUCGAGGCAGCUAUUGAUAGGGUCAUUGGUGGUUUGGAGAAGAAGAACAAGGAGAAGGUUGCUGGAUUGAAGCUAGUGAGAAUAAUAUGAUAGCUAUGCAGCAAACUGCGUCGACGCAGCAACAACACUACAUGGCCAAUAAUAUUCCCAUUGGAAUGGGAGAAGGUGACCAUGUUAAUCAUCAUCAAGUUGAUCAGGAAAGUGGUUUUGUUGUUGGGAAGAGAUGGUGGAUCGGGCCGAGGGCGAGUCAAGGUCCAUCGACUUUGAUGAAAGAGAGAUUAGUAGUUGCUGUUGGUUACUUAAAAGAGUACACAAAGAACUCUUUCAACAACAUACUUAUUCACAUAUGGGUGCCUGUUCUAAGGAGGAGAUCAGCAAUUCAAUAUCUGCAGCAGGAUUCCAGUUCAUCUGUUCCGAUUUCUGUGAAUCCAAACAUGAAUGUUCAUGUUCGAUUCUUUAGAAGCCACGAGUAUCCGCGACAUCAGCAACAGAAGCAACAAUAUGGUUCUCUUUUAGCAUUUCCUGUGUUCGAAAGAGGAAGUGGAACAUGUCUAGGUGUCAUUGAGUUUGUUAUCGCCAAUCAAAACCUCAUCAAUUAUCGUCCACAACUCGAUCAUCUCUCCAAUGCUCCCGAGGCUGUUGAUUUUAGAAGUAGCCACAACAUGAAUAUUCCACCAGCAGUAAAGGUAAGGAUGCAUUCCAUCAUUCAUCAAAUCAAUACUAGAUUCAAUUCUUGACCUAAUUGUUUUACAUAUGAUAAUGAGUAAUA